AUGAGUGAUAUACUCGUUUCUCAAAAACUGAGGCGUUACAAUAUGGCUGUCGAUGGAUCUACGACGGAGACUAUUAAUGCACUAAGAACUGGAGCAGCUGCAACGAAAGCCAUGCAAAAAGCCACUAACAUUGAUGAUGUUGACAAGACAAUGGAUGAGAUCAACGAGCAGACUGAGAACAUGAAACAGAUUCAGGAAGUACUGUCUACUCCUAUUGGCACAUCAACUGAUUUUGAUGAAGAUGAACUGGAGGUAGAGCUCGAGGAAUUGGAGGGAGCUGAGUUGGGGGAACAGCUUCUUCAGCCUGGCACAAUUGCCCCCGCUGCUCCAGUGCAACAUGUUUCAGUAGGCAGGCAACUAGCUCGCCGUACCCCUCGGAAGAAUACUGCUAAGGAAGAUGAGCUUGUAGCAUUACAGGUAGAGAUGGCUCUUUGA